AAACUACUUCGAUCUUUACAUAAAUGUUAUUUCCCAAUAUGAUGAAGGCUCUGCUAACCAUUUUCAUGGCCCGAAUUCUCAUCGGAUCGGUGUCGGUAAAUGCUCAAUCAGUAGCUGAUAUCGUUACAGAUUCAUUUUUUAAUGGCAUAAUUGAUCAAUCAGAUGCAAGUUGUGAAGGGAGGAACUUCUAUACGAGGGCUGCAUUCCUUGAAGCUGUCGACUCAUAUCCACAAUUUGGUACGGCUGACGAUACUAGGCGUGAGGUUGCGGCUUUCUUCGCUCAUGUCACGCAUGAAACCGGACAUCUCUGUUUUAUAAAUGAGAUAGAUGGUCCGAGCUUGCCCACCUCUCAGUAUUGUGAUCCAGCCCAGUUUCCGUGCAAUCCCGAAAAAAGCUACUACGGCCGCGGUCCACUCCAACUAACAUGGAACUUCAACUACAUACCAGCGGGGCAGAGCAUCGGGUUCGACGGACUAAACUCGCCUGAAAUUGUGGCCAGUGAUCCUGUUAUCGCCUUCAAGACGGCCGUAUGGUUUUGGGUGAACAACGUUCAACCGGUCAUAGGGCAGGGGUUCGGGGCGACGAUUCGAGCCAUUAACGGGGCUAUCGAGUGUAACGGAGGGAACCCACCUGCAGUGGAGGCUCGGGUUGGGUACUAUAUAGACUAUUGUAACCAGCUCGGUGUUGAUCCUGGACCUAACCUUAGGUCUCGUAUUUUGAGAUGUAUGUGUGCUAUGGGUGUUACAGGAUCGAAGUCGGUAAAGGCUCAAUCAGUAGUUGAUAUCGUGACAGAUUCGUUUUUUAAUGGCAUAACUGAUCAAUCAGAUGCAAGUUGUGAAGGGAUGAACUUUUAUACGAGGGUUUCAUUCCUUGAAGCUGUCAACGCUUAUCCACAAUUUGGUACGGCUGAUGAUAUUAGCGCAAUGUUGCGGCUUUCUUCGCUCAUGUCACGCAUGAAACCGGACCGUACCCGCGCAAAGUCAAAGUCAGACCAAUUGGCAGCAGACCAAACGCUGCACAGUGCACCCCACCAAUUUUCACUCUAUAUCUUCUCAACUCAUCCCCUCCAUUCUUCUCCCAUCAAACACAUUCUUCAGUUCCAAAAAAAAAAAAAAAACUCUCGUUCUCCCCCCUCCAGUAUGAGGAAACAUUUAAUAACCAUUCUUCUGGCAGUGAUUAUUGCCGUCGGAGCAACCGCGGUGAAUGCUCAGAACUGCGGUUGCGAACAAGGUUUAUGUUGUAGCCGGUGGGGGUUUUGCGGCACCGGCGAUGAUUAUUGUGGCACCGGGUGCCAAGAGGGUCCUUGUAAUCCACCGCCAGCUUUGAACAAUGUUUCGGUGGCCGAUAUCGUUACGCCGGAAUUCUUUAAUCGGAUUUUGGAUGUUGCGGAAGUUAAUUGUGAAGGGAAGAAUUUUUAUUCGAGAUCGGCAUUUCUCGAAGCUCUCGGACCUUAUCCUCGGUUCGGAAGAAUCGGAUCCGCCGAUGAUUCUCGGCGUGAGAUUGCGGCUUUCUUUGGCCAUGUCACCCACGAGACCGGACAUUUUUGCUACAUAGAAGAGAUAAACGGUGCCACAAGGGACUACUGCGAUGAAACCAACACACAAUAUCCAUGCAACCCUAACAAAGGAUACUACGGCCGAGGACCAAUUCAACUAUCCUGGAAUUUCAACUACGGACCAGCCGGUGAGAACAUCGGGUUCGAUGGACUAAACUCGCCUGAAACCGUCGCCACGGACCCAGUUAUCUCCUUCAAGACCGCAGUGUGGUUCUGGGUGAACUUUGUUCAACCGGUCGCAAACCAAGGGUUCGGGGCAACUAUUCGUGCCAUUAACGGUAUGGAGUGUGACGGUGGAAACCCGACCACCGUUCAACGACGGAUCGAGUACUAUACCGAUUAUUGUAACCAGCUUGGUGUUGACCCUGGACCUAAUCUAACCUGCUAGAUUACAUUUUCAAAAUAAUAUAUUUCAAUUCUAAUUA